AUGUUCCCGAUCGCACUCCAAGCAGCGCCCCCGGGCCCGGCUGACCCGAUCAGUCCCGGGCCGCCGUGUGAAGCUUGGGCCGGUUGGCGAGCGUCAUCGACGGUAGUCCGGUCCAGCUGGCGGGCUAUGGGUCAUCGGAAGGAUGAUGCGGAUGAUGUGGAGAAGCCCGGACACCGCUUGGCCCGGGCCGGCCCCUCCUCGGCUCCCUCGCCCGUGGCGGCGGUUUCCCGGCUUCCCGUCCACACCGGCCCGGUGGUGGUGGCGGCGGUGGCGGUGGCGGUGGCGGUGGCGGUGGUGGCCAGCACCAAGCAUGAGCAUAUCCAUGCUCCGGCGGAAUAA